AUGACGAAUUUGGCAAAAUUGGAUUUUGUCGCCCUUGACAUCUCUGGCAAGAACUACCUGUCUUGGGCCCUUGAUGCCGAGAUUCAUCUCGAAGCCCAAAACCUUGGGCCUACAAUCAAGGAAGGAAACUCAGCAUCCCCGCAAAAUAAAGCUAAGGCUAUGAUUUUUCUGCGCCACCAUCUCCAUCAGGGAUUGAAGGACGAGUACUUAACUGUCAAAGACCCAUUUGAGCUAUGGACAGGUUUGGCAGAUAGGUUCGCUCACCAAAAGACUGUUGUGCUCCCUAGGGCACGUUAUGAAUGGACGCAUCUGCGCCUUCAAGAUUACAGUUCUGUGAUAGAUUAUAAUUCCGCCAUGUUCAGGAUCACCUCCCAAAUGAAUCUUUGUGGAGAAACUGUAACUCAGGCCAUGAUGCUUGAAAAGACCUUCUCCACUUUUCAUGCCUCAAAUAUGGUCUUACAGCAGCAAUACCGAGAAAGAGGAUUCACCAAAUAUUCUGAUCUCAUCUCUUGUCUUCUGGUGGCUGAGCAAAACAAUGAUGUAAAGGCCAUUGGGCGAGCUUGA